AUGUCCUCUCCCCCGGAGGGGCCCAUGGACUCUGUCCAGGGCACUCCUGACACGCGACUGACUAUGUUUUCGCCGGGUGAAGGUUCGGUGAGUUACCAUCGUGGAGGUGCUUAUAGCACUGGUCCUGCGGCCGCGUACGACGCCUUUGAAAGCAGUGCCGCAGCCAACCAGGACCCGUUUGUGGACGUGUCAAACACCGGACAACUUUCACCUACUGCCUCGGUUUUCAAACCAGUGUCUCAUUACAAGGGCAAGGCUGCGGCUGUACUUCUUCCUGAGGGUGGUCUUGUUGUCGCGUCUGCUCUGUCCCAUGAAAUGGAUAUUUCGCACCGCUUGGAGAUGUGUGAUACUCCUACCCCGGCCCCAGAGGAGGUUCAGGCCUUCAUGGAGUCUCUUCAGAGAGGAGGUAUGACCUUUUUCGGAGCACGACACGUUGAGACGGACGGGUCUCACGUGUAUGUGUGCUUUGAAGAUCUUCGCGAUUCUCUUAACGUAAACAACGCUGUUCGCAAGUCUGACAAGACCUGGCUCCCGGCCUACGUUAAGGUCAAGAAGGAACGACUCGACAUUGGUACCGUUCGACUCGCUGAGCUUAGACAGCUCGACGUCGCAAUCGAGAUCCAAAACUACGUCGCUGCCAACCCUUCUCACGUCGAUGAGAUCGCACAGCGUGUUCUUACUACCUUCGGCUCCCUAUUUGCCCUUGUCCGUACUCUCAGCCUCCCCAGUGGAGGGUUCCGUGGUGUUGUGCAGUACUGCAAGGCUGCCAGAGCCACUAACGCGUUCCAGCAUGUCCGCCGCAUGGACACUGAGGGCCUCUUCAUCACUCUUAUGCAUCCUGAGGACAUUGAGAUGAAUGGUUUCAUUGGAGGCAUGGGCGGUCUCUCUCUCGCCAAUGGCCAUCGCGGCCAUGCAGCGAGCAAUGCGAGCCUCCUUGCUCCCCGUGCCCCUGAGGGCAACCCUUGGGCACCUGUUGCCUAUCAGCUCUCGUCUGGCCCACUGCCUCGCUCCUUCGUUCCUGCUGCCCCUUCAUCCAUGAUUAAUCAUCGAGCUCCUUCCUACAAUGGAGGUCCCUCCAUGAUGAGCAGCUACGGUCGUCGAGUUCCUCGUUAUCUCCAGCGUGCCCCUUCCCAGCGUGGCAACAACGUCGUUGAUCUCUACGAGCUCAUGGCCGGCCGUGACGUUCGCACUACUAUCAUGCUUCGUAACAUUCCGAACAAGGUCGACCAACCUCUGUUAAAGAAGAUCGUCGAUGCUUCCUCGUUCGGCAAGUAUGAUUUUAUGUACUUGCGUAUCGACUUUGCGAAUGACUGCAAUGUCGGUUAUGCCUUCAUUAACUUCGUCAAAGCCGAGUACAUUGUCGAUUUCGUUCAAGCACGCGCCAACAAGCGAUGGAACUGUUUCCGUUCCGACAAGGUCGCUGAAGUCUCCUAUGCCACCAUCCAGGGAAAGGACUGCCUCGUCCAGAAGUUCCGCAACUCUUCUGUGAUGCUUGAAGCUCCCCACUACCGACCCAAACUGUUUUGGACUAUCCACUCGGAUGACCCCACUUUGGCAGGCUACGAAGAACCGUUCCCUGGACCGGACAACCAGUCCAAGAUGAAGCGGUCCGUAGAGAACGCUGAGCAUGUUGGCCUAUUCACCCCCACUGUUGGACAGCAUUUCCGCGAGACCCAGCGUCACCGCCACAGCCAGUUUGAUCGCGGCACCCGCCUGGCUGCCAUCGAGGAAGCCAAUUACGAGCAAUCUCUUGUGCUCAGCCGCUACUCCCACAACUAA